UCAGCGGCCCUCAUCCGAUGGCGUCACGAGUAAUUACGCAGUUAAGUGAUUGACUUGAUAUGUUGGUACUUUUUCGUUUACUGUGAAAGCUUUAAUUAUCAUGCACCUUAGCCCGGUUUGUUAAGAUGGUUCUACGAGCAGAAACAGUAUUCAUGUUUCAGAAGAUCAUCUCAACGUUGUGUUUCUCACUCCUCGUACUCGUGCUAUGGUCAUCUGCCGAGGGACAUGUCUGCCCUCAAGGGACAUGUUACGCAGGGUCCUUCUCAAGAAAGGAGCACGUGAACAAGGGACGUUAUCUGUUGGGGUCCUCGUACAGGAACCUCAGCUCAGUGGCGGGUCCUCAGGCGUGUCACUCGGCGUGUGUAGGCGACUGUCGGUGUCGAGCGUUCCAGAUGUCGGGCAAGCGAUGCGAACUGCUUGAUGAAGACAAGGAUUCGGUGCCGAGCAGUAGAUUUGGCUCUGAUGAAAGCUACGAGUACUAUGAUCUCCAACAAAGAAUAGUCAAAGCGACAUCGUUACUCAACGCUCCCGCAGACUGUGGUAACGGAUGCUGCGCCCAGCACAAAUGCCUGAAUGGUGGGACAUGUGUCGAGCGCUGCAAAGAUCCAAAACUCAAGUUUUCUUGCAAUUGCCGCCCACCCUGGAGCGGGAGGUUUUGUGGGAAACGCGUGUACAGUUCAUGUUGGGAAAAGCACGCAUUCGCAACCCACAACGGCGAAAACCUAAUUGAUGGACUGUACACUCUUCGUACAAGCAACGGAGAGGAAUUUCUUACUUAUUGCCUAUUUACGUCAGCGGUAGUUUGGACCCUGAUCGAAUCAUUUGCAUUCAGAUACCGAGAAGAGUUCAAGGACAAGCCAUUUUUCGUAAACUACACACUUCCAUAUAACCCAUCUCAACCAAUAUGGGAGAAAUUCCGACUUUCCCGUGAUGCCAUGCUCCACGUAAGGGCGAAUUCAUCUCGUUUCAAAAGUGAAUGCGCUUAUAACAAGCGAGAUCAAAUAACAGGCUUUCCAAAAGAUAGCAUAUUAGCAGAUUUGUCAGAAUAUGACAUCAUGCAACAUACUGAGAAGUCUGGAUCGUGUGUUACACUUGAAACGGCUUUCAUCCGUGGCCAAGAAUGUUCGUCUACACCAUGUACAGUUUCUGCGUGGCAUAUAAAGAAUCAUCAUCUACAUUUUGACACGACAUCUAAUGCACAAUGUACAUACAAGCCUACUGGAUCUGUCGCAAGCGAAGACAGCUUUGGAUACUAUUUCAAUGCCAACCCAGAAUCAACCUGCAGUGAAAACGACGACUCCACGACACAAUGGUGGCUCGGAGAAGAAUUAUUGUGACGCCAUCAUCAUCGUCAUCAUCAUCAUCAUCAUCAUCAUCAUCAUCAUCAUCAUCAUCAUCAUCAUCAUCAACAACCCAGAAUCAACCUACAUACAAAAUGACGACUCCACGACACAGUGUUGACUUGGAGAAAAUGUAUAAUGAAGUCAUCAUCAUCAUCGUCAUCAUCAUCACCAACCCAGAAUCAACCUACAGACAAAAUGACGACACCACGACACAGUGUUGACUUGGAGAAAAUGUAUAAUGAAGUCAUCAUCAUCAUCACCAAGAAUCAAUCUACAGUGAAAGUGGCAACUCCUCGACACAGUGUGUUGACUUGUAGAAAAUGUAUAGUGACAAUAUCAUCAUUAUCAUCGCCAUCAUCAUCAAGAAACAGGAGGUCAGACUGAUAGACGGAAGAAAUCGAGAGAUUGGGAUUGAUAAGCGACAGCUAGUAAAACUGAGACCCGCGAACUCAUGAUGGACCGUUUAGUGUUCAGAAGAUGGAACCCUCAUCAUGGAAGAUGGAACCGCUAUUGCCGCAGGAACUCCUCAACUUAGAGGCUUGAAGCUUCACAGAGUAGCACUAAGAUGCUGCUGCUGAUGAUGAUCCAUCAUAACCAUCAUAUACGUUUCCCUAAUUUGAUUAUUCUGCAUUUAAUUUCGGUAUGCGCAACGAUAGAACGCCAAAGUUACCGUGAUACUGCUUGAGGUAGUUUAUGAGGGCUUGCUCUAUUCGCGUUUGAGGUUUAUUUUGAUUGAGCUACACACGAGACGUUUUAAAAUUCGAAAACAGUUCCGCGUGUUUUUUGUUGUGUUCCUAUAUCCGCGAAAGGAACUGAAUAAAUUAUCACUUAACGGAACGGUUGUUCCGUUUAGAGGUGAAGAAUCGGAACGCUUAUGGCACGCUUCGGAACAAAAGGACUUGUUUGUACAAUGAAGAACAAAAUGUUCCCUUUUCGAAGUCCACAAAGGAACUGUUGGUCCUAAUUGAUGCAAUUAGGAACAACAGUUCCUUUUUUGACGCGUUCCCAAUUGAGGACCACCACUCAAAAAGAACAAAAGUUCCUGUUUGCUACGGUUAAUAGACUUAAAAGGGAACGCCUGUUCCUAAGUGGUUAAAAGUAUAGGAACAGUGGGACCGAUUUGGCCUAAAUGGUGCCGUUUCUUUGCGAAAAGGAACAAAAAAAGGGCCACAAUGGACCGAAGUGGGGUGUUCCCUUUUUCGAAAACAUGAACAAAAGUUCCGCAUCUAUGGUUUUGUUUCUCAAUCUCAAAAGAUAUGAUCUUUCAAAGCGAUGCCUAGACUCGCACAAGCUGUGCAAAAGCAAGGGCAUGCCGAGGCUUGCUUGGGCAUGCCAUUUUGGUUUAUCGUGCCCCCAACCAAUAGACUGCUGCCACUAUUUCGAGGCUGUCGCGUGGCAGUGAUUGAUUGGCUCUUUUCACGUAUUUGAUAGCAUUAAACAUGCGGUACGCCGCAUACGUUUCUCAUUCUCGCAUUAACCGUUGCUGACAAGAGAUGGUAAAGCAGGGUAAUGUGAUAAACUGGUCGCUUCUUCCAAAUGCUGCGAAGAAACCAAAAAGAAUGCACUUAGAAGAAGACGAAAAUGACGGGCUGUUUCACUGCCCUGUACCAGACUGCCAUAACGAUGGGUUUGGAACUCAAAGAGGGUGUAGAAAACACGUCAAGAAAAAGCACCCAUGGUUUUAUUACUUUGAUGAGAAACCCAGCGACUCAGACAUCGAAGCUUCCCGAAGCCAAAUGGAAAAGGAGAAGGGGCAACGACGUUCAAGUAAUGGCGUCCCAUCGUUUGACAUGUCUUGCACGUUUGCUGAGCAAUUUACCGCGUGGCUCAAGGGCAGUGGUGGGGGCUGCAAAAGUGAUCGACAAGCGCAGCAACUGGUUAGCAAAUGCUUGAAGUUUCUGAAAUUUUGCAGCGAGGACGAAGAUCAUCUCACAUUAGAUAUUGUGGACUUUUGCUUGUGUUCGCCUAAUCUACUUUUCAAAUUUGCCGAUUCAAUGCAGAGCGAGUGGCAGUUGGGUCAUGCCGGUCGAAUCGGAUACCUGGACGCCAUUGCAGAACUAGUGACCUACAGGAAAGUAAACGGAGUAUCGGAAGCGGUGCUUAGAGGGCUGUCUACGACGGACACAUACUUGAAAAAGGUGCGUAAGACCGUCUCAAAAAUGAUGCGACUACAGUGGACUAGCGAUUUAGACAUCGAUGUGCUAGAGGCCAAAGGGCACUGGGCAACCAUGGACGAGCUCCUUGGUGUGGUGUCUCGCUACUUGCCCCGCUACGAGGCCGUGCUGAGAACGUGCAAGGACACGCCCGACAGGGCGUCUCCGUUUGAUCUGUCGUUUGCCACUAAAUUUCUCGCCGUUUAUCUGUUUAUCCAAGUCAAGGGCUCGCGGCCAAUGACGUAUCAGUAUCUGACUGUGGACAUGGUGCGCACUGCCAAGACUAACGGAGGUUUUGUCGACCAGAAAAUGUUCAAAACAGCGGGCAAGUACGGCUUCGACUCGCUCCUUCUGACCGACACAAACAUGAGUGUGCUCGAGGGAUACAUAACCUACAUUCGCCCGCUACUCAAACCCAAGUGUGAGUACGUCCUAGUUACGAGAAACGGGGGUCAGCACAACAAGCUCGGUGAGCUGAUGAGCAAACUUGUGUUUGAAGCGACUGGCAAGUAUGUUCACCCCACACGAUACCGACAAAUCGUCGAGACGUCUAGCUGCAAAGUGCUAAAAAGUGCCGAUCGAAGCGCCAUCUCUGAAGAUCAGAAGCACAGCUCGAACGUCGCCAAAGUGCACUAUCGCAAGCAGCGUUCACGCGAAGUCGCCACAAAGGCGCGCGAAUGCCUCGAAAAACUACACGGCGACAGUGGCACCAAGCUGGACAAAGAGGUUCUAACGAGGCUCUCCGACCUUUCAAACUCUUCAGAGGAUCAAGACGACUGCACGAAGUCGUGCUCUUCAACGGACGAAGUUCAAGAAAUCUCCACACCGCCAGCAGCGAGAAUGAAGCCUUCAGCCCGAAAACUACCGGCAAAGCAGAAGCGCGAAGACGCUUUUUUGAUGACAGAACUGUGCCCGGCUCGCAGAAAAUCGCUCCUAUUUACGCCCGAAGAGGACAAGUAUCUUAAAGUUGGUCUCAAAAGAUACGGGUUCGGACAGUGGACUUCGAUCUUAAGAGACCCCGACUUCCAUUUCCAAAAAGGGAGGAGCCCCAACUCGUUGCUCAAUCGAGCAAACAGAAAAUACGGCACCAUGGAUAACCACUUAGUGGACAGGAAAGGCUAGGUGGGACAUGAUGUACUUACAGUCAUUCUAAUUUUGGCGUUUCGACAUGUUUCUUUGUAUUUAGUAAAACUGAAUGUAUCACGCCACAAGAUCGGACUAACAAGCGUCUUACAAAGUGUGCAUUACGAAUACCCUUAAUUGUAUUUGUGUAGGUAAAAUACCUUUAAUCUCUUAAGUAAUCUUGACAAUUGGUAUCAUUACGUAGCGUUGUGCGUAUAUGAAGGCACACGACUUUAUUAAGACUUUAUGGCGACUUUGUUAUACAGAGUAUCAGGAAGAAUAUCGCGUUUACAGAAUAUUAAAAAGAUUAAAUUUGGCUGAGAAAACCGUUCAGUCUUGUUUGCCCUUUGUCUGUCGGUUGCGGUUUACGAAACUUGAGUCGGUUGCGUCGUCCCUUGGGUGUCUGGGUGAGGGAACGGCGCUUGGCCGGUGUAGUAAAUGCCAUAUAUUCUAUCCCUGGUGAUUCCCAUCUGUCUGGUUUUGGGCUCCAUGAUGGGGUCUUUGGUAUCUAAAAAAGCGUGAAAGGCUCGAAUAAUUUGAUCAGCAAAAAGGUAACAAAAACACAUGUUUACCUCUGGCAUAUCGUCACUUGAGCCUUGGCGAGGAGGGGUGUGUGUCUGGGAUGGACAUCCGCUGUCUCGAACCAAAGAAUCUUGGUCUCUGUCUGCCUCAUCGUCGCAGCUUGGUAGCGGAUCCCAUAAGUUUAGCUACAAAUGCGCACAUCGUUGGUCGAGGAGCCCCCAGCUGAUUCACGCCUUCCGUCUUUCCUCAAUCGCCGUCUCGCAAGCCAGAGUUCGAGUGUUGGUAUGCUGACUUUUGAGCUUGUCGCUAACAAGUUGCACAAACGCUUUAGCGCUUUUCAACGCCUCGUUCUCCGAGAUUGAUUGCAAUCUCGACGAACAUCGGUGCAGCUCAGUCUCAGUCGCUCGCACCCAAUGGCUCUCGAAUGCCGCUCUUGCCAUGACUUUCCUUUUCUCAGCCUCAGACUUCUGGUGAUCCUCUCUAAUCCGGCCUAGUUCCACGAUUAUUUCCUCGGGCAUUGCAUCUUCGGGGUCUUCCGGUAAUAAUUCCAGCAAGUUGUGUGGAACUCCCAGAUCCACCAGCCUUUACUUCGGCUUUUCAGCAUUUUAGAUUUACGGGCCUUGUUUAGUUGCUGGUGCAAACUCCUCUCUCCUUUCAUCUUCUCUAGUAAAAUGUUGAGCUGUCGCUUUCGCAUGCUGAAAGGCCGGCAGUUGCGAUACUCAGCUUGUUGAACGUCUCUGCGUCACUGCCAGAAUAGUUAUCCUCGUCUCCAUCUAAAAAGGUAAUCUGGCAUGCAACCCAGUAGGAAAUCGCAGGAUAUAUUUGCUUCCCCGGCGUAGAAACUUGAGAUGCAACGACCGUCUCCUCGUCAUCUCGUCCUGACUCUUCGUUUGCUGCCUG